UUCAGUGGUUGUGAAGUUGUUGCCACGUCGUUCUUGAUACAUCGUAAAACCGAGAUAUAUUGAUAACAGCGUUACACGUCUGGCAGUGCAAUUUCUCUGUUUAGGUACAAAGUCAUUACGAUAAUCUUCAAUCAUGGUUUCCGUCAUCAACACGGUGGACACCUCCCACGAGGACAUGAUCCAUGAUGCCCAGAUGGAUUAUUAUGGCACCAGACUGGCCACCUGCUCUUCUGACAGGUCUGUCAAGAUCUUCGAUGUUAAAAACGGAGGACAAAUCCUAGUGGCAGAUCUGAGAGGCCAUGAGGGUCCUGUGUGGCAGGUGGCCUGGGCUCACCCCAUGUACGGCAACAUCCUGGCCUCCUGUUCCUAUGACAGGAAGGUGAUCAUAUGGAAGGAAGAGAACGGAACCUGGGAUAAGAUGUACGAGUACACUGGACACGACUCUUCAGUGAAUUCAGUGUGCUGGGGUCCCUACGACUUUGGUCUGAUCCUGGCCUGUGGCAGCUCCGAUGGAGCCAUCUCAUUGGUCACCUGCUCUGGGGAUCAACAGUGGGACAUUAAGAAGAUCAGCAAUGCACACACAAUUGGCUGUAACGCAGUGAGCUGGGCUCCAUCUGUGGUGCCAGGUAGUCUGAUAGACCAGCCCUCGGGUCAGAAACCCAACUUCAUCAAGAGGUUUGUCUCAGGAGGCUGCGACAACCUGGUCAAACUCUGGAAAGAGGAGGAUGGCCAAUGGAAGGAGGACCAGAAGCUGGAGGCUCACAGUGAUUGGGUCAGAGAUGUAGGCUGGGCUCCCUCCAUAGGACUACCCACCAGCACCAUCGCCAGCUGCUCUCAGGACGGCAGGGUCUUCAUCUGGACGUGUGACGACCCUUCAGGCAACACGUGGACGGCUAAACUCCUCCACAAGUUCAACGACGUGGUGUGGCAUGUCAGCUGGUCCGUCACUGGAAACAUCCUGGCAGUGUCCGGGGGGGAUAACAAGGUGACGUUGUGGAAGGAGUCGGAAAGACUGCCAGUGUUGUUUUCUGAUGUAUAUUGUGGUCGGCUGUCUCCAGGUGACGUUGUGGAAGGAGUUGGAAAGACUGCCAGUGUUGUUUUCUGAUGUAUAUUGUUGUCGGCUGUCUCCAGGUGACGUUGUGGAAGGAGUUGGAAA